GCCCUGGGAGGAGGCCACUCCGACCUAGGGCUGCGGGAAGGGCCAGCGGGCUGGCCUCUGCCUCUGCAGUGAUGUCACAGGGGCCACCUAGCAACGGGGCCCAGGAACACAAGGGCAGCUCCCCGUGGAGGGGGUGGAAGCCAUGCGCUCCAUCUGAGGGCUGCGUGAGAGCCAGCGUCCUUCUUCUUUCCCGUGGCCCGAAGGCAGGGAGGUUGGAGAAGGACACCACGGCUGCACACAGGAGGCACCAGCUGGGCCCCGGGGCCCCUCCCUCGGCCGUGAGCCCCGGACACCUCAAGGCGGCCAGCGGGAUGGCUGAGCUCCAGAGGAGCCGAUGUGUGGGCGGCCUGCACCAGAAAGGGGACCCCCCGAGCUGCAUCAAGACGCUGUGCAAGGAGCUAGGUAGGGCCGGGGUUAGGGCGGGGCAGACCGCUCUCCCCGGGCCAGCGAGGGCCACACACCCACCCCCCACCCCGGACCCACUGCCCCUGCCUAAGAUCCUGAAGGCCAGGAGCCUGAAGGUCAUGGGAAGGACCUCAGAAGCGACACGGAAGAUGCCCGCUGGACGGCUCCUCAGGGAGGUCAGCUCAGCAGCACUGCCGCGUCCUUCUCUGCUCUGCCCACCCCUCUACCCGAGUCUGCCUCGCCCACCGCCCGCCAGCCCCGCCCUGCUGACCCAGGGGCGCCGGUGCCCAGGAGGGAGGAAGGUGUCGUCUCAAAGCCCCGCUUGCUCCCGCUGCAGCCAGGCAAGCCAGGGGAAGCAGCGCCAGGACGCCGCUGGGCAGGUGCGGGGGCGUUGGAAGGAGGCGGAGCCCGAGGCCAGCGGCCAGGAGGAGCCGGACGGCAGGGAGGGCUCAGACAAGCGCGCCCUGGAGGCCAAGGAAGGGGAGCCAGAGUCCGUACAGCUGGGUGACCUCCUGGAAAAAGAGAAGCCAUCUGUGUUUGUGGAGGUUGAUCUGGGAGACGGAUCAGAGGAGGUGAUCACAUGUGCCAUGAAAGAAGAGAAGCAGCCCCAGAUGGACAUGGGGGAUUUGUCAGAGGACGAGAUCGAGACCAGCUGGGUGUGCUGCAUCCCAUACUCCACCAGGAAGAAGGUGGAGGAGAGCUCAUAGCAGCCGGAGAAGGGUCGGCCAGGCCGGGAGGGGCGAGGGACGAAGCCAGCGGCCCUGAGAGACGCCACGCAGACCUGGUGCCGUUACCACCCCACGUGUGACGUCCCUACCACCGCGAAGUGAUGACGCCACCUUUAAAAAGGACUCAGUAAAGCGCGAAUGGAAGACGUUGUCCCUCUCCAGGGGCCCUGUCCCUUCUUUCCACACACCCUGUCCUGUGAAAUGUAAGUUAGGGGGGAGAUGCAGCUCAGGGAUGGACGGCACGGGUGGCCGCCCCUCCCAGGUCAGGGGUCGCGCAGCCCCGCACUCAGCCCCAACGAGGGCUGCCACCAGGGCACGGUGGGACCCCAGGCAUUGGUCCCCAAGCACCGGGGGCAGGCGUCCUUGCAGCUGGAACUGGGAGCCUCGAGGGCCACGUGGAGGAGAUGAAGCCGCAGGGAGGUGCUGCUUGUGGGAGCGGGGAGGGGCGUCAGGGGUCGGGGAGCCGCACCAGGGAGACCCGACGGGCUUCGAGGCUCCUCUGUUCAACCAGCUGAGGCUCUGCAGCCUGUCCCAGGCCAUUCCUGUGGUUCAGCCCAAGACUAAGGACGCGGUGGCCCCCAGGCCCCCAGCAGCAGGCACAGCCUCCUGAGCAAGUGCUCCCUGUCCCUGCCCGCUGGGUGGCAGCUCCUGGCUCCGGCACCAGCCCCCGAGUAAGGCAGAGAGGAGCUUCCGGAGAGUCCGCGGAGGAGGCUGUCUGGGCUGCAGUCAUUUUACCGGUCCCUCUGCUCCCGGGGCUCAGCCACAGCAGGCCAGGAGGGGGACCGGCCCCCGGCCAGCCCUCGCCCUGGUCUGUCCGUGUCCACCUCUGGCCGCCGCGGACAGCUGGCCUCGUUCAGAGCCACGUGCCGCCUGUCCGGCCAUGGAGGGGCCCCGGGGGGGCAGGGCGGCCUCACACGUGUGCACAACCCGGCUGGCUUGGCGGUGACCUUUCACCUCCCGUGUCGGCUGGGGUGCCUGCGGGGAGCCGGUCCGGCCAGCGCCAUGGGAACCUGCAGGGCCGGCCGCAGGCGUGGAGGUGGCGGCUCCUGUCUCCUGCCCGCGGGCCAGGCUCCAGCCCGGCGGGUGGACGCGGCCCUGGGGGCCUCCGCUCUGGCGCCCCCAGGCCCACCGAGGCCCAUAGAGCAGGCGCUACCCAUGGAGCCCAACCACAGCCCUGCGUCGCCCACCUCUGCAUCCUGCCAGGGAGCACGCCAGUCCCAGGGGUGACGAGGGCGUGACACGGGCCUUGCGGAUUUAGAAAGAGCCGACGACCUGGAGGGAAGCUGUAGGAUCUAGGGCAGUAGGAACCAUUAGCUCGCCGUUGGCAACUCAAUGCGCUCAUGUCAGACCAGGAGGGAAGCCGGAGCCUCCAGCCUGAGCCGCCCUGGUGGCCGUCGGAGCUGCUUCUGCCCAUCGCGCUGCUUGGAGCUCGGCAGGGGGCCAGCCUGGCCUUUGUGGUGUUUACAUUUAGGGAGGGUUGCCCCCAGCCUCCCCCUGCUCGGAGGCCCCGGUCCUCAGGGUCCCCCGACUCAGCCUGCAGGGGCGCCUAUGCAAGCUCCCCAGAGGCUGGGCCCCCUGUCGCCUGACCCGGCUUCCUCCUCCGUCCCCGCUGGCCCCCCAGCUACUCAGACACCAGUGAAUGAGAGGCUGCAGGGCCCCCCCCCCAACCCGGGGCAGGGACAGCCCCGACACCUCUGGUGGACGCCAGCCGCACGCUGGCGCCCGUCCUGCCUGGGCCCCGGAGCACCACGCCAGUGCCUCCUGCUUGCCUCUCCCAUUAGUAUUCUCCCCUGAAUCACAUAUGCGUUUUCACUGUGGGAAACGUGGGAACCAGCAAAAAGCAUCUAGCCUGUCAUCUCGUCAGAUUACCUCCAGAUUAUCGCUGUUAGAAUUUCCAUCUAUCUCUCGAGUGUUUCCUCUCUCUUGAUGUAUGUAGAGCGAGCUAUAUGUGGAGAUGGGUAAAUAAAGCUUUUUACAAAA